UUCUUACAUCGUGCCUGCUCUGCUUCCUAAGUCACCUCCAAUUGUUAAAUAACCGAAGGCAGAGCCAUAUUUCCGAGUAAUUAAUGCAAACCGUCAGCCUUUAAACAAAGUUAAGAACCCUGACGUCCGCGCGCAGUUACCCAGAACCGCUCUGAGUUCACUCAUUACGUUUCCUGGACGAGGUUCCUGAGGGACGGCCCGAGAAGCAGGCAUGGGAAAGUUCUCCCUACAUUUUCCGAUUACAUGGGAUCUUUUUUGAAAGAAGGCGAAGCAGCUGAGCUGCGGUGCGAUCCACCACUGGAAGGAGCGGACUGACAUUAAAGGGGUACACGGAGUGCUGAGGCCAGGGAGACUGGAAGGAGAUAAAAACCCGCUUCACGAGAGAUAAAGUCCACUUUGGUGUUCGGGGGCCUUUUCUCUUGAUGAUGAGGAGUUAGAGCCCACCCUAACAACACUGUGAGCUCAUGGAAGAACUAAUAGAGGGCUGCAGCCAGAUACACAUGUUCCUCAGCAUAAAAGACCCCAUUAUACUGUAAAGGAGCAGAGGAUGUCCAGAGCUGAUUGGUCCUUCCUGGAGCACCUGUUGGAGGAGGGCCAAGAGUACUCAACAGCAAUUGGCCGUAUCUGGCUAACCGUACUCUUCCUGUUUCGCAUGCUGGUCCUGGGAACUGCUGCAGAAUCUGCGUGGGAUGACGAACAAGCCGGCUUUGUCUGCAACACCAAGCAACCUGGCUGCACCGCUGUGUGCUACGACAGAGCCUUCCCCAUAUCCCACUUCCGCUACUUUGUCCUCCAAGUCAUCUUCGUCUCCACGCCGACCAUCUUCUACUUCGGAUACGUGGCUAUAAGGGAGCGGAAGGGCAAUAAAAAUGAGGAGGAUGGUGGUGGGAUCAAGGGAGGUGAAACUGUAUUAGAAAAGUACAACCAUGCAACUAAAGACAAUGCAGAGGAGAAGGCGAAAGAAAAAAGGGGUGGAAUAGACAGAAAACCCAACAAGGCGUCUCCUGACGUUCCUAAACUGAAAGGCUGCCUGCUGGUUGCAUAUACAUUCAGCAUCCUGUUAAAAGUCCUCCUGGAGGGUGGAUUUAUUGUUGGACUUUGGUUCCUUUACAAUGGCUUCUUUAUUAAAGCAAAGUACGAGUGCACAAUAUCCCCAUGUCCUCAUACGGUGGACUGCUUUGUCUCUCGCCCCACAGAGAAAACCAUUUUCACCAUCUACACUCAGGCGAUUGCUGCCAUCUCCCUACUCCUCAACCUUAUUGAACUCAUCCAUCUCAUCAUGCUCGCAAUUUCCCAACAGCUGGAGAAACGCUCCCGUGCUCAACAUUACCUACCUCGGUUUGAGCAGGUACUGGCCCGGCAAGAGACUCCGGAGCUCCAAACGGAGGUGUCACAUGCUUACAGUGCAGGGAGCCAUAUUACCUUGCCCAUGCAGGGUGAGGCUGAAUUACAUACCAACCCCUGCGAGACUCAGAAUGAUACAGCAAUAGAGGUGAACUGGGAGCCUGCAGAGACUGGGGGUGACCUGCUCCCCAGUUAUGUGAAUUGCUUGGGGGCUAUGAGGAAGACAAAUUCCCCGAGAUCUCAUCAUAAAAAACAUUCAUAUCACAACGGGAAAAAUCCAAAGGCACCCACAAAACUAAAACAUUAUGUAUGAUGCAAUAUACUGUUUGUUCUUUGAAAGGCUUUGUUUGGCUCCACAGUCAUUUAUUUUUAAUAAAUACUAUCCUGCACAUGAUACUUGACUAACAGGAGUGCACACUCAGAGCUGAAAUGGGAGGAGACAAUAGAAGAAGAAAAAGAGGCUCCUCUGCUGUGAACUUAAUGCCUCAGAGGCAAACACGCAGAGAUUUGCCAGAUAAAUGGAUCUAUUCAAAACUAAACAUUUUGAGAACAAUCCCCUAAAGGCAAAAGAAAAUGAGCCUGCACAACAAGAUAAAUUCUUAAGUCAUAAGAUGCCUUCCUGCUACAUUUAAUGGCUUUGAGCUAAAUGUGACUUGGGGAAAAAAAAGGAUAACUGUAAGGGGGGGGGGGUAGACGCUACUGUGUGAGUGUUUAUGUGAGUGUAUGCAGAUCUAAGCAUAUUCCUCUGAGAUUUGCACUGUAACCCCUUAAGUUGUUUGCAACCCUCUGCUCCCUGUCCUCAUGGAAUGUACUGGUCUCUGGAUCCAGCUCAACUCCCGGGAGGAUAAUUGCUGCUGCGUGGAAGCAGGCAUGCAUGCAUGCACACACACAAUAUACUGUUCCCCUUUCACCCAGUGAGUUCUGGUCACUCGAGUUGGGGAUAUGGACUGGGGAAAGAUGAAGCUUAGUGACUGUGGGACUGAGUGUGACUUGUCAUUGCCAGUGACCAUAGUAUUUCAGCUAUGAAUAGCGAAGGAACGGGGACCACUGAAUAAUGCAAAGACCAACAUUCAGUUUGAAACAGUUUAAUGAGUGAUAACAAGAACUCAGUGGCUGCACAAUGAGUGGGCUGAAAACGGUACAGAAAUGUACUCAUUCAGUGAGAGAGAGAGAGAGGAAAUUGAUGGUUAUGUGAAAACUGUGUUUAACUGUAUUUUUUUAAACUAUUGUGAAGAAAAAGCUUGUCUAUAUUUAUUAUUUUAAGGAAAAUAAAAUUUAUGUAUUAACAAUUACUUUGCCAGCUCAUAAAAUAAUUACCACAUGAUCAGACCUCUGAUUAAGAAAAAUAAUUCUGAUUAUGCCAUUUAUUUACUGUAAAUGCAAAUCUUGGGCCAUUUCCUCAGAGACUUUCUUGUGGUUCAGAGCAGUAGUUCAACCAGACACUCUGAAGGUCUCUCAAAGGUUUUCUUUGGACAUUGGCUGCUAU